CCCGCACCCCGCCGCCCCGGCUGCCCGGCGCCCAUUGGGCCGCCGGCGGCGCCGUUCGACGCCGCUCGCUCUUAAACCUCGGCACCCACCCGCCCGGCACCCUCCGGCCCCGCGCCCCGCCAGCCCUCCAUGCGGCUCGGAGCCGGCCGGUGACAGCAGCCGCCACCAUGUCGCAAGGUGCCGGGGACAGCCGGAGCCUCCUCGUCCUCGCCGGGCUCCUCGCCGUGCUGGGGCUGGCUCCCACGUCGGCCAUCCACGUGUACACGCCGCGGGAGGUGUACGGCACCGUCGGCUCCCACGUCACCCUCUCGUGCAGCUUCUGGUCCAGCGAGUGGAUCUCCGAGGACAUCUCCAUCACCUGGCACUUCCAGGCCGAGGGCUCCCGCGACAGCAUCUCCAUAUUUCACUACGCCAAGGGGCAGCCCUACAUCGAUGACGUGGGCACCUUCAAGGAGCGCAUGGAGUGGGUGGGCAACCCCCGCCGCAAGGACGGCUCCAUCGUCAUCCACAACCUGGACUACACCGACAACGGCACCUUCACCUGCGACGUCAAGAACCCGCCCGACAUCGUGGGCAAGUCCUCCCAGGUCACGCUCUACGUCCUCGAGAAAGUGCCCACCCGGUACGGCGUCGUGCUGGGCUCCAUCAUCGGCGGGGCCCUGCUGCUGGUGCUCCUGGUGGUGGCCCUCGUCUACCUCGUGCGCUACUGCUGGCUCCGGAGGCAGGCGGUCCUGCAGCGACGGCUUAGUGCCAUGGAGAAGGGGAAGCUGCAGCGAUCGGCCAAGGACGCGUCCAAGCGCGGCCGCCAGGCACCCGUCCUCUACGCCAUGCUGGACCACAGCCGCAGCACAAAGGCGGCGAGCGAGAAGAAAGCCAAGGGAGCCCCGGGCGACUCCCGCAAGGACAAGAAAUAGCGGUUAGCGGGCAGGGAAGGUGCCGCGGCGGCAGCGGCGGCGGCGGGGGUUGACGCCGGGGCCCCCCGCGCCCCGAAAGUGGUGAUGACCAUCGAGAUGGAGCUGCGGGGGGAGGCCCCCGAGGCCGCCCGCUCGCCGUCCGCCGCCCGCUCCCCGAGCAAGGGCAGCCUCGCCAGCGCCCUGCGGAACAUCCUCAAGCCGAACUCGGAGAAGUGACGCCCGACGGGGCCGGGGACCCGGCGAGGAGCGGGGUGUGGUCCUCGCCCCGGGUCCCCCGGCCUCGGGGACGCCCCCGCGGCCCCCCCCCGCCCCGAAGCCCCCUCCAUCGGCACCUUCCUCUGCGCAACCGCUGCCCUCGCCCGGCCCCCGGGCUCCGAUGUAAUUUUUUUUUUCUUUUCGAAUCACUGAAUUUUUGGGUCCCCACCUGGGCUGGCUCGGUCCCCUCCCCCCCUCCUCGGGGACCUGCGGGGUCCCCGCAGGGCCGUGCCACCCCCUCCCCAUCCUCCCCCCCCCCCCCCCCCCCCCCAAAAAACAGCCCCCGGGAGGGUUUCUCCGUCCCCGCCGUUGCCCCUUUUCUGGCCGUUUUCUCGUCUCUCCCCGCGACCGAGCCAAAAUGACGUCGUGGGGUGGCCCCCGCCCCGUCCCCUCCGUCCCGCACCCCAUUAACCCUCCCGCCCCGUAACCCCCGGCCCCCCCUGCGCCGGCCGAAGCCUCGGGGAGGAGGAGAGGCCGCAGCCGGGCCGGAGGAGCCGCCGGCGCCCAUCGCCCCGUUGGGUUUUUCAAUGCCCCGUCCCCGUCCCCGUCCCCACAGCGCCGUUAAUAAAACUCACAUCUCCUGGA